AUGUUGCCUAUUUCUCAGGGAAAUAAAAUUGACGAUUGUCGAUGCUACGGCAAUCUACCAAAACCGAUUGCUGAACCCUCCAAAGUCACGCGUCCCACACCGUGUUGUCCGUGUCCAUGCCCCGCUGAAAAAUGUAAAGUAACUUUACAAACCGUACAAAAGUUGGUCGAAGCAGAAAACAAAGAUAUUGAGCUGUCUGAACUUUUGGGUGGUAUUACGAUACUAGAUGAACGGAGACCAAAAAAGAAAAUAAUCGACAUGUACGAUGCCACGUCCAAAGAAAAUCGAGAGGACCCCGAAAACAAUGUAGAUCCGCAAUAUUUAGCGUAUAUAAUGAAAUCAAUCGAGAACGGACUAAGUAUGAAGACUGAUCCGAUCAAAGUGUACGAACACCUUUUUUCUAGAGGCAAUCUCGAGGCUCCUCUCGUAGCGCUCGGUCCUACGGCUGCAAUAUCGACCGAAGAUAUGGUCGUACCUUUGUCACCUCCAACCAUCGUCAACGUGAAGGAUCCAGAAAUGGAAACAGGCUCACGCCUAGACACUAUUAUUCCCAGACUGAAUCUGGCCGUGGCGGAAGCGGCGGAAAUAGAUAACGUUGACGAUUUGCAGGUAUUGCUUGGCGGGAGUUUUCCAGACAAACAAACGUCCACGGCUGACGACCAAGAGGCGCCCCGUGACAUGUUAUUGGAAACUCGAGAGCCCUAUCAAUCGGCGGCUGUGCUUAGGGGGUCUACGCCCCCCAAUUGGUUCCCAGGAUACAAUGUGGCUCUUCCAAAUACCGCGCACCCGGCUUUGGAAAACGAUCCAGAGGCCAUUUUGGACGAAGCUUGGUUUCACAGUCAGCCCCUGUCAUUAAAAUUAGAAGAAAAAGGCGCCAAGCUCAUUGGAUCUUAG